AUGUUUUGGCCAUCGCAGGCAUUCAAUGUAUAUGGCCAUGACCCCUACCAAGUUGGCAUUCGAACGAUUCCCGUCGGAUUUUCCAUUCUCGCGGGCGCUUGCAUUGUGCUCUACUUGCUCAGUGUCUUGAAAGGUAGCAAUAGAGAGCUCCUUGUUAUUAGCAGCGUCUUUAUGACCGCAGGCUGCGGCGCCAUGGCGAGCGCUAACGUCGACAAUAUGAGCACACUAUGGAUAAUUCUCAUCAUCGCUGGCCUUGGAAUUGGCGGCAUCGUCGUCCCGGCCUCAAUCAUAACCACAAUAAUAUGCCCUGAUGACCUAAUCGCAACUGUUGCUGCUGUAACCCUCUCUAUCCGCGUUGUGGGCGGCUCUAUCGGUUACACAAUAUACUAUAACGUUUUCAUAUCCAAAUUUAUUCCCAAUGCCGUAAAGUACAUCGGCGGUACCAUGUCUCUCAAACUCGAAAUAAAAGACGAAGCCCUGAUUGAAGAAGCAAUAAAACUCACCGGAGAAUCACUAAUUAACGAUCUUAAACAUAUCCCUGGAAUUUCGGGAAACGAAACGGCUUACCAGAUGGUAGUAAGUGCAGGCCAAGUCGCAUUUGCGGAGAGUUACAAAUGGGUGUAUUACACGAGCGUUGCAUUCGGCGUGUUAAGUAUCAUCGCGGCGUGUUUCCUGGGCGAUAUUGAAAAGUAUAUGGACGACCAUGUUGCUGUGAUAGUGAAUUGA